GCUGAAGGAGGAAGAAUGAACCAUCUGCAUCUCUUUUCAUCUGACGUGUGUUUUAACCCUCAUGAUGGCGAGACUGAGCGAACACGGGAUCCGGCUGAGCUCUAUGAGCCCGUCGUACCUGGAGAGCAACUCCACCAGUCACACAUGGCCCUUCAGUGCGGUCGCGGAACUCAUCGAUAAUGCAUCUGACCCAGGAGUCACAGCCAAGAACAUAUGGAUUGAUGUUGUGACGGUCAGAGAACAGCUGUGCCUCAGUUUUAUGGACAACGGGAGCGGUAUGACGCCCAACAAACUGCACAAAAUGCUCAGCUUUGGAUUCACAGAGAAAGGCUCCAGUAAAAGCAGUCAUCAGCCCAUCGGCGUAUACGGAAAUGGGUUUAAGUCAGGUUCAAUGCGUCUUGGCCGCGAUGCUCUGAUCUUCACAAAAAAUGGUGGCUGUCAGAGUGUGGGCAUGUUGUCUCAAAGCUUCUUACAGGCCAUUAAAGCUCAGGCUGUGAUCGUACCAAUCGCCCCGUUCAACCAACAGACCAAGGCGCUGGUGGUAACAGAGGAUUCAGAGGCGAGUCUGAGAGCCAUCCUGAAAUAUUCUCUCUUCCAGAGUGUCUCUGAGUUACAAGAGCAAUUGGACUCCAUUCAGGGCAAAAAAGGAACCAAGAUACUCAUCUGGAACAUCCGCAGAAAUAAAGAUGGAAAGCCGGAGUUUGACUUUGACACGGAUGCGGAGGACAUCCGUCUGCCAGAGAUCCAAUCGGAGGAGACGCAGGGAAAAUGGAGGAGAGAUUAUUACAAGCACCGCAGAGACAGUAACAGCGUCCCUGAGAUGGAGUUUUCUCUCAGAGCGUAUCUCAGUAUCCUUUACCUGAAGCCCAGGAUUCAGAUCAUUUUGAGACAGAAGAAAGUUCAGACUAAGCUGAUUGCCAAGAGUCUGUCCAUGAUCGAGAAUGAUGUCUAUAAACCCCAGUUCAUCAAUGAGAGAGUGAAGAUAACCUUUGGAUUCAACCAGAAAAAUAAGGAGCACUAUGGAAUUAUGAUGUACCAUAAAAACAGACUGAUAAAGGCCCAUGAGAAAGUUGGCUUCCAAGUCAAGUCGUCAGGUCAAAGGUCAGGGGUCGGGGUCAUCGGAGUGAUUGAGUGUAACUUCCUCAAGCCUGCUCAUAACAAGCAGGAUUUUGAGUACACCAAAGAGUACAGGUCAAAAGAGAGAGCGUUUCAAGCCUUAGAGAGGAAAAGCCAAGAAGGAGAUAAUGAGGAAACAGAGGAAGAGGAUGAGGAUGGUGAAGAGGAAGAGGAGGAAGAAGAAGUGGAUGUGAUGUGGAUUCAGUGUGAAGAGUGUUUGAAAUGGAGAGGAAUCUGCACUAACCUGUUUGCUGGAAGCGUUCCUGAUCGGUUCAAAUGCAGCAUGCACCCAAUACCACGCUUACAGAGCUGUUUGUUACCGGAGGAUAUGGAGGAAAAUGCUGAAGUCACAACACCCAGCUAUGAAAAAACACUCAAAAAACAGGAACAUGCCUCCAUCAAGAGAAGAGGAAGAUCUCUGGAGAUGAGUAAAAGCCCAGUGCGUCCUCUCUAUCGAGGACUAUCUGAACCUGCAUCACAGAGCAAACAGGAUGAGGUCACCGUUACCAUGACAACAGAUACACAGGAUACAGAUGAGGAUGGAGUCAGCGUCGUCGUCACAGAAGAAGAAGAGUCUUCACCCUCCCCGAGAAAAAGAAGGAAAGAAACAUGUUCAGACAUUGAAAAGAGCAAUAAGUCCCCAAACCAUGCUGAAGCUCCAGACGUCCCAUCUGAGGGAGAGACAGAAACAACGGACAAAGCGCAUGAAGGAUCAGAGACAAACAGCGGCACAUCACCAGCGGUGGAUACGGUGGCUCAGGAGGACACUAUUCAGCCGGAAGCCGCUGUACUCGAGGGCCCCGUUGAGCCCCAGACAUCUCAGGGGCCGCAGAUGCCCAAAGAUCAGCCCAGGAUCCCCUCUCACCCGCUCUCACCACACGCCUCCACAACCAUGACUCAGACAGUGGUCGUCACUCCUCUCAGCCGGCCGGGAUUUCAGCCCGUGUCGCCGUUACCAGCAGACGGUUCAGACCGCGUGGCGCUUGCUCUGAGACUUGCUCAGCUUGAGCGGGAAGCCAAGCGGCUGAAAAGAAUCCUGGGCAUCCGUGAGCCAGAGGUUGCCAUGGUGACGGAGGCAGAAGGGGGUGGGCCUUCUGAUGUCACCACGGGUGAUUCAGUGUCAUGUGACCAAAAUGCGGAAAGAUUGAACCCAAUGUCAAAUGAGUCUAGGAGGGAGGAACUUUCUGUUUGUCAGAAAUCAGAGGAACAGGCCAACAGGCUUCCAUCCAGUUCGUCCCCCAUCCAGCAGAAGGCAGAAACUAGUCCGAGAGAUGAGCUGUACUGGGGCAAGACAUUAGCCAAACUCCAGAGUGAGAACCAGAGCCUGCUAACUGAUCUGAACGAGCUGAGAACAGAGAGAGACCAACUGCUGAACCGAGUGAGACAGACAGAGAGAGACACUGAAGACAGGAGAGACCAGAGCACCAACACAGCCAACCACACUUACAAUAGCAGUGUGACGCUGGAGAGGUUGCAGUCUGUCCGUCAGAAUGUGGUUGCAUUAUUGUCUUCCAUCCUACCGAACCUGGAUAUGCAGGGAAUCAGCUACGACACGAAUGAUGUAGACAGCAUCCUACAGCAGAUCAUACAAGCCAACAACCUGUGAUUUCUCAACCGGAUCACAGAGCAAUGGCUGUCUUAUAACACAAGCAUUUGGGAUCGAAACAUAACUUUUCUGAAGCCAAACAGAAGGCAGAGGUUGGAAGGACAGAAUUAUGACAGCUCGGUCCACUGCAAAAUUGGUGCAUGGAAAAAGCAGCAUUAAAAGGUCUUUUUUUUUCAUAAACAUAAAUUAUAUUGCAAGUUAAAGCUACUAUACAUUUCUCACACAAACACACUCAAAUAAUUAUUCUCAAAGCCCACAUUCUUAGAACUUAAAAUUUUGCAUGCAUGGAUCUGACCGAAACACUCGUUGUCUCUCCAGUGCUGCAAGUUAAACUACUUUCACAAUCAUGUCACAAGCAUUUGAGGUUUCACACAGACACUUCAUCGCUUUUCAGUUCAGCUGCAUUGCUCUUCUAGCGCUUACUGUAAAUACACGCAUCUGCAGGCAGCUUUUUGAUAUAUUUAAACGUGCUAUUUUUAAAGGAAUAGUUC